UUUACGGAUUAGAACAAUACUAAAUAAAAUUAAGUGCUCACUUUGACAUAGCCUAAGCCUACACGACAUACCUACAAACUUUACUUUGUUCGAAAUUGAUUGUUACCCCUUCAUCAGGUAGGCUAAAAGAAAAGUGUUGGCCUAGGCCUACAUGAAGUUGAGUCAGCUGUACAAAUUAUAGGAACUGCAGUUCACGAGAUGUGCGCUGCAUAGCAAAACGUUAGACUUGUAGUUCAGUAGAUGCCGUAAUUAUAUUUGGUCAGUAGGCCUACUUCUCCACCUGAAUUAAUUUCUGAUGCUCGAAAUAAUUGGCGAAAUAACUUGGCAAAAUCACCCUGGCAUAUACUAUCAGGUCUGAUGUAACAUGCCUAGGCUACCAAUUGGAAUCCACCAAUCAGCCCACGCAUUACUUCAGGAUUCGUAGUGGCCACAGAUCAAGCGACCAAAGCUAUCAGAUUUUUGUAAACCCUGGUCGUUUUACUGGGCUCACCGCUUGGAUGGAGAAUCGGAUGUAAUACUAGACCAAUUUAAUGUGAGGAUUAUAUAAAACACAAUCUAUCACAUCAGAUUAAAGUUCACGCGUCUUGCAAGUUGCCUUGCAAGUGGCAGGUAAUUGUUAUCCAAGAAAUUCCAGCUUUCCCAGUGAAAAACCGGUUCUUCUGAGAUCAUCAGUCGAUGGCACUUGUCAGGGAGCAGCCGAUCUACACCACUCGGGCCCAUGUCUUCCAGAUCGACCCCAACACCAAGAAGAACUGGGUCCCUGCCAGCAAGCAGGCCGUCACCGUCUCCUACUUCUACGACAGCACCAGGAACAGCUACCGCAUCAUCAGCGUCGAUGGGUCAAAGGUCAGCAAAGAGGUGAUCAUUAACAGCACAAUCACGCCCAACAUGACCUUCACCAAGACGUCGCAGAAGUUCGGCCAAUGGGCAGACAGCAGGGCCAACACUGUGUUCGGCCUGGGCUUCUCGUCAGAACAACACCUGUCGAAGUUCGCAGAGAAGUUUCUGGAAGUAAAAGAGGCGGCAAAGCUGGCCAGAGACAAGUCUCAGGAAAAGAUGGAGACCUCCAGUAACCAUUCCCAGGAGUCUGGCAGGGAGACUCCGUCGUCUACACAGCCUUCCAGUGUCAACGGCACAGAUGAUGAGAAGAUUUCCCACAGCCCAGAGACCGCGCUCCUCAAGACUGAGAACGACCGGCUUAAGACGGUCGUUGAGCAGAGCAAUACCAACGCCAAGAAGUGGGAGACGGAGCUGCAGACACUGAAGGAGAGUAACGCCCGGCUGGUGGACGCACUGCAGGAGUCCAACACCAAUGUGGAGACGUGGAAGACACAACUGGCCACCUGCAAGGAGGAGAGCGACCAGCUUAGAGCCAAGAUUACAGAGCUGGAGGCGCAGUGCCAGGAGGCCAGCCAGGAGAAGGAGAAGAACGCACAGCUCACCGCCCGGGUACAGGAGCUGGAGGCAGAACUGCAGGACAAAGAACAGGAGCUGGAGAACCUGAGAAAGCAGGCGGAGAUCAUCCCUCAGCUCAUGGCGGAAUGUGAGACCAUCACUGGAAAAUUACAGGCUGCUGAGACGGCGAAUAAGGAGCUGUCGGACAAGAUGGGAGUCCUCCAGACCGACGUGGAGGACAGCCAGCAGAAGCAAGGUCAUAUGAAGGGCGAGCUCAAGAAGUUCAUGGACGUUCUGGAGGGCAAAAUCGACGAACUGCACGAGGUCCGACAGGGACUAUCUAAACUGGGACUGGACAACUAAGGAGAUGUGACACCCCUCAUCGUGCCCAGACCACUUUGGGGACAUAAAAAAAGAGAAAAGAGAAAAAAAAGGAAAAUGGAGAUUGGAAGCUGUCAGCAUAGAUCACCAUGACAACUCCUCCCAAGUGGAUUGCAUUUUUUUGUAAUGGAGAAAAAUCACAAUAAUAUAAAAGUAACAGCUAUAAAACACUGGCCACGAGGGAGAAAGAGAGAAAGGGAGAGAACGAAUGAGAGAAAAAAAAAGAGAACGAGUGAGAUGGUUACCACCCCGAAUUCUUCUGAUAAGUGUGCAUUGCCUCUUUUCUGUAUCGUGGGGCUCUGCUCCACAAUAAGGCUCCUAUGCUGUAUCCUCGAGUGGUACUUUAGAUAACAUGGAAGAGGUGGAGGGCUCUGUCAACCUGUCCUGUUUGCCUGUCCGUCUGUCUCUCCUGCUAUGAUAUGUACGUAUGUGCUUGUGUGUGUGUGUGUGCAUGCGUGCGUGUGUGCGCGCGUGUGUGUGUGUGUGUUAGGAAGGGGUACAAAGGGUUUCUCUAAGGGCUACCGGUGAUGUGCGCACUACUAUACACUAGCUAGGUCCAGACAUGUACGUAAUAACCGAUUAGAAAUACCGUGGAGACCUCGAGUUGGCCUAUGAGGGGUGAAACGCGAAAUAUUGUCGGUUUCACAAAAGAUCUCAGGUUGUUUUUAAGGGGAGGUUUUUUUUGGCCAUUCAAUAUGCACAUACGUGAACGUGCGCUGUCACUGAAGUGCCUCAGCUGAGACUUUCCUCUCUUAAGAUGGCAAGCUCUCCCGGAGGGCUUACCCAAGCCAGAGUGUCAAGGCUUAGAUUAAAUAUAACAAUACGUGUUUUGAUAUUGCUAUGAAAGAAUUUAAUAAGCUUCUGGGAUAUCCGAGCUACCCUCGAAACCCAGGCUCUCUGGACAGAAGUACUACUAGCUUAGAGGAGGGGGGGGGGUGUUAGCUCCACAGUGGGUGAGACUGGGGCAGCAGUUGUUGAAAGCUGAGCACAUCCUAUGGAUGUAGUGGCACGCAGACUUGACUUACAUUGACUCACAUGAACAUGCUUCACCAAAUAUUAAUAUGGCACGUUUUAGAAGCGCAGGUGCCAAGUCAAGCCAAACGUACAUGUGCAUAACAGUACUACUAAGGAGGAAGGCUCUUUUUGAGAAAAGUACAAUCCUUACUUGUUACCCCCAAAAAAACUAUGCUAGGAAACCCAUUUGUUUGAAUGCUGUGUUCAAGAGAUGUUUGCGUUUGAUGGUGUGGAUUUUUGUCUGUUUUGCAAGUGUGCGUGCGUGUGUAAGUGUGUGCGUGCGUGCGGGCGUGUGUAGGUGUCUGUCUGUCUUUCAUUUUGUAGUUUGUGUCAUGGAUGUGCUUCCCAAACUGCUGUUCCUGUCCCUCUUUAUACUGGUGAGCUUGGGUUGAAGGGAUGUGCUGCUACUGCUGCUAGACUUUGGGGAUUACGUGGAAAGUGUACUUCUUCAACCCGGGGGUGAUGUUCUGGACUUCAAUGGAGUCCAGAGCAGUAAACUCAUUUUCCAAAACUGUUGUGCUGGUGGUGCCUAUAGAUUCAGUUUGACACUUUCUAGCAGUGAACUAGCACAUGAAAAACAAAGACCUUAUGUUUCUUGAUGCUUUGGUAAUAUAUUAAGUUUUGUUUGUUUUUGUUUUGGGCUGUUUUUUGUUUGUUUGUUUGUUUGUUGUUUUUGGGUGCUGACUUUAUAUGGAAUGAUGUUUUCAAAGAACGGUGAUGUCAUGUUCUCUAUGUAUUUCCAAACUUAAAAAAAAACAACAAUGUGAAAUGUUUUGCCUUUUCUCACAAUAGCUACAUUCUCAAUUUGUAAGCUGUGAUUGUCGGAGAAGGAAAGUUGGAACACAGUCCAAGUGGUGACCUAAGUGGUGGUUUUGUAGGAGGAUGUGGGGGAAAUGUUGAAAAUGCUGUAAGAUGUUAACAGUUUGUUAAGUCACUGUAUGCGGGGACGUCAUCUCACAUUUGCGGGAUUUCUUCUUAGAGUGGACUCUCCCGUGCCAGACACGGGCCAGAGCUGGCCCUCACGUGGCCCACAGUCUCCUGCUGUCUAGUGAGUCCACACGCUCUAUGGGGUGCAAGUGCAACACCAAGUUAAAUCCACACACUGAAUAUAUAUCCUCCAUUGUGAUGUGGGGGGAAUCCUUUGCUAAAUAUAUAAUAUAUUACUGAGAACACUUGACCUUGACCUUUGCCCUUUUCCCCUUCCUCUUCCUCCUCUUAAGAAAAAAAUGACUCCUUUUCACUUUUUGUGAUUUUUUUCUGAACGAAGUUGUAACAUAUAGAGUUGAUAACUGUUCAAAUAUAGUUUAAUUACAAA